AUGGAGAAAACCCUAGCUACUUCCCAUACAAAACGCUCAUCUUCUCCGUCAUCUCCGUCUCAAUCCACCGCCGUGAGCACACGCGCCGCCGGAUUCAAUCGGAGAACCAAACAGAAACUGUCGGAUGCAACGGCGAGUGUAAGAGUAGAAGAUGACGAUGAAGACGAUGAAGAAGGAGUGGAGGAGAAGAUAGAGGCGCUUCAGACAAUAGUUCCCGGAGGAACGGCGCUUGGUGUCGACGCGCUGUUCGAAGAGACGGCUAGUUACAUUUUGGCUCUGCAAUGUCAGAUCAAUGCCAUUAAAGUUCUUACUUCGUUUCUUGAGCGUUGUGAGAAAGACGAAAUGAAGUUUGGAGGUUGA